AUUAAUAAUUGCCAAAUAAUAAUUUCUAGUCCUGCGCGCCGAGAGACAGUAGAUGCAGGUGGCUCUUUGAGACUGAAUUUAUUUGAAGAAAGCUUGAAAGCUUAGCUUGGAGGUGAUAGCUUCAAGCGUUUGAACCAUAAGCAAAGGUCGAAAAAAAAAAUGACAACCUCCGCUCGGCGAGAUCCCACACCACACCCACCACCAAUAAACUGGUUUUCUUUCACUUUCUUACUUUAUUGAACAUGUCUAAUGAAUAUCGGUCUGGCAUUAUUAAAAUAAAGAAAGAAACGGUUUUCAACAAUCGACUGGUAUUUAAUGAAGCAAACGCCAAGUGUACCGACUGUGAAGAAGUAGGACAUUUCAAUAAAAACUACUACAAGUGCAAGUUUUACAAAGAAGCAGCCGCUGAUGAUGUUGGAACUUCAAGCAAGAAAAGAAAGCAAAGCAAAAAUUUGAAGCAAGCUAAACAAACAGCAAAACGACAAAAGACCACAAAUGAUAAUGUGACCAAUCUUCAUUGUAAGAAAUGCUGUGGUGAUAAUCAUUCUACAACAAGAUCUCCCCUAUGUCCAUACAAUAUAACACCUAAAGCUAAAGUAUUAGAACAGAACCUUGGCACUAAUUACAAGGCGUUCACAAGAAAAUUACUUUUUGAUAGUUGUAUCAAUCAAGCUCACCGCCAUAUUAAAUCUAACAUCAUACAGACAUGUGCUGCCGUGAGGGAUAUCACAGUUAGAGCCAAAAUUUUUGUGAAUUACUAUGUCUUGUUGAACCCAAGUGGACAAGUCCACAAUGGUAUCUUUAAGAAAAACUUUUGGUACAGCAUGUGUCAACUGAUAAACAGCCAAAGAAUCACAAACCAGAAAGACAUACCAGCCGAAUUAAUUAAUAUUUGGAACGAUUUUCAUAACAGAUACAGACAUGCCAGAGUGAAUAUCACACUUCUUCCAGGUGCCAGUCAGUGUAUCUCAGAAGCAUGCACUGAAAUCGAAACGCUGUAUAAUAACAUGAUUGUCGAAACAUUCGAGCUUAAGCUUCUGUCUUUUCUUCGCUACAAGGUCCAAAUGCUAUUACCGAAUGUCACAAAACGCUCUGUAAUUGAUUCAAUCUCUCGUGAAUACUGCUACCAAUUCAUUUGCCAAGGGAACUCUAUCUGGCCUGAAGAUGACUGCAUAAAUGAAGGAGUAAAAACAGUCAUCCGCGAUAUGUGCAUACCUUUCAAGCAGGCACUAAACAGAAAAGUUACCUUGAACGAACUUGCAAAAGAUCCAGGUGCAUUUGUCUAAUUUUUAUUAUUUCUCAAUGCCGGAUUGGAGCGCGAAAUCGAAGAACAUAAUCCUUACGAUGUGAGGCGACUCCCACUGCCAAAGCUCAUUUCGGUGUUACCAAAAGCAUCAGCACAUUGGAGAUCAAUCACAAUAAGUGUGAACGCUUUAUCAUGUUUUACAAAAACGUCACUGCCACGGGGAUUUCAAAGACAGCUAAGAUUGUUUUAUGAUGUUUUCAAUUUUGGGAAACUGCGAUACAGAGAAUGUCAAGCCAGUUACGGUCCUUCUUUGCAACGCUUUGAGUUGACUCUUCGCGACUUCACUUUACCAGAAGUAGCAAAGGAUUAUCAUCC